AAUGUCUUUAUUUCUUUUUGGCUUCAUGGUGAAGAGUUUUUCAGAAUGCAUGUUAGCACCGCUGCGCUCCACUUCCUGCUCCUCUUGCACCUUCUUCUUCCUGUUGACAUGGAGGAAGAGGACAAAGUCCCUCUGGAGGUCAUCACUGAGAGCUCCCCCUGCAGCGUGACCUGUGGCCUGGGGGUCAAAACACAAACUCUGUGUUUGCUAAAGGACGGCAAGGCCGCGAUGGAAGAAAGCAUAAAGGCAGAAGAAAAGGACGCCAGUAAGUCCAGCAUAUCAAAGACAUGCAGGAGCCAACAAGUGCAGUGUGUGGAGUCGUGGCAGUGUGGACUGAAGACCAUGACCGUGACCUCUGGACAGCGAGUGGAGAUCGACUGUUUGGGAGAAGUCAUGGCGGCGAUGGGAGCGUUCUCCUGGAGGGUUUCGUGGCGCUACGCUCGAGGAGUCAUCACCUCGGACGAUUCUCUGUUUGACCGCUGGAAGGCCCCUGAUCUGCAAAGAGUGGUUCUGGACCCAGUCAGAGAGGAGGAUGCAGGUACGUACCGCUGUGACGUUCAGGACGCCAACUAUCGCAGAAAGAAGACGGUUUACUGGGGCGUCCGUGUUUUACCGGCGGGGGUCGUCAACCUGGACUACCAAAGCUCUCUGCUGCAGUGGGACGUGACCGGGAGACGGGCCGACAGCAGCGGCCUGCUGCAGAUGGCCGCCGGGAGGGUUCUCCUCUACGCUGCUUCUGUAUUGGACUGAUGUUCAUCUACAAGAGAGUAUGCUGCAGACGACAGAAAAACGAGAGAAAGACAGAGAUGAUGCAGUUAGAAAAAUAUAUUGUAAAA